GAACAAGAACUAGACCAUGACUGUAACUGUCAAAAUUGUGAAUGCUGAAUUUGCAAACAAACGUAAAUUUUCCGUGUUGUUAUUUGGAAAAUUUACUUGAUUUGACGUUUUUUAAGAACAAAUAUAAAGAAUGGCAUCUGUUGCUGAACCUCUGACCCUUGAAAGAGAUGUGAAGAGAGCUAUAGAGUUGUUAGAAAAGUUACAAAAAAGUGGAGAGCUUCCAAACCAAAAGUUAGCUGCUCUUCAAAAAGUUCUACAAAGCGAUUUUUGCACUGCAGUUAGAGAAGUUUAUGAACAUGUGUAUGAAACAGUUGAUAUCUCUGGUAGUCCUGAUAUUAGAGCUAGUGCUACAGCUAAAGCUACUGUGGCUGCAUUUGCUGCGAGUGAAGGCCACGCCCAUCCCCGUGUUGUUGAAUUACCAAAAACUGAUGAAGGGUUGGGAUUCAAUGUUAUGGGAGGCCGUGAACAAAACUCACCAAUUUAUAUUUCCAGAAUAAUUCCUGGUGGGGUUGCUGAUCGUCAUGGUGGUUUGAAAAGAGGAGAUCAACUUCUGUCUGUCAAUGGAGUUAGCGUGGAGGGAGAAAAUCAUGAGAAGGCUGUGGAAUUACUGAAAGCUGCUCAAGGAACAGUUAAACUAGUUGUUCGUUACACUCCUAAAGUCCUUGAGGAAAUGGAGUUGAGAUUUGACAAGCAAAGAGCAUUGCGUCGCCGUCAGAAUCAUUAAAAUUUCAUUCCUUACCUAACACUAUAAGUACCAAUCAUUAAAUAAUUUUGCAGUAUAAAAAAUGUGUUAUGUGAGGCAUAGUUCAAUUAUGGUGUAAACAAUGGAAUUUAAUCAUGACUAUAUGUUUUUACUUCUUUUUACAAAGCAAGAUUUUAGUUUAUCAAAAUUGCAUUGUAAUUUGACUGCCAUGUACGUAAUGCAUUCAUUGUAUUUUUAAAACUUUCUGCUUUGAGAAUUUUUACUUGCUUCUGUGCUUGAAAUAUUUCAGGUUGUGAAAAAAAUUAAAUUUUAUAAAAUGGGCAUCCCUUUUUUUUCUCAUUUUCUUUACAAAUUCCAAUUAAAUUAUGUGGUAUUUAAUUUUUAUAUCUUCCACAUAUCCUAUAAAACCAAAAAUGUAGAUUGAUGAAUCAAUUCAUUACAUAACAAUGUUGAUGUUUUCUGUGUGUUUUACAUCGACUUCUAAAUUACAACUCAUAGAUCGAGUUAAUUUUGAUUUGAAACUGCUUUUUGUCAUCGGGUUUUAUCCUGAUCUUAGGGGAUAAUCGUAAUAUGUACCUCGAAAUAUGAGAAAAAGCUUUUGAAAGUCAUAGAUUGGGCUACUUCUGAUGCUAAAUACUUGAUAUCUAAGCAGGGUUAAAAAAUAUCAUAUUUUCCAAAUAUAGAAAAUGUCCGAUAUUUUGAUACAUAUCAGAUAUUUUGAUAUAUAUCAGAUAUUUUGAUAUAAGUCUUUAAAAUAGUAAAUGCAUCCGAAAUCACUCUGAAAUUAUCUUAAAAUUAAGGUAACUUUCAUUAUUUAUAAUUUAAUAUUUUAUUUUACAUUUUUAUCAAGUUUAAUGGAGUUAAUUUAGCAUUAGCUAUUUUAUUCAUUUUUCUUCUAUUAGCUACUUUUACACAGUUAUAUAAUUCAGAAAUAAAAAAUAUGCAUUUGUCACUGCACAGUCAUAAGACAUUUCUUUUUUUCCGACCAACAUGUAAUAUUUAAUUAGGCACUUUUAAUAUAAUUAAAAUUUUAACAUUACUGAUAAUUUUAUGAAUAUAAAACAAAAAAAAAUUACUUUGCUGCAUUAAUGAUGUAUUAAUACAUCUUAGAAAUAUAGUACAUAACUUUUUGGUUAUUUUUAAUAAUAAAUGAACAACAUUAGUAUGAUUAAUAUAAUUUUUACAUUGAAAAUACACCGUAGUUGAAAAAAUAAAUAUCAAAAUAUCAUGAUAUUUUCAAAAAUAUCGGAUAUAUAUUGUGAUAUAUAUGAUGAUAUAUAUCGCCAUACCCUGUAUCUAAGCUGAGGAAUUCUUGAAUUGAUAAGGACUUUUCUUGGACGGUUGUGCUUGCUUAAUCGAAUAGACAAUUUCCCACGAAAAGUUAUUCUAAUAAGCAAGAUAUUCCUAUAUCUAGGUUGAAAAGGACAAAUUGCAACAGUUUGGGACAUUGAAAAAUUCAUUACAUGAAACCGGACAUUCUUUUCACCAAUCCCAAUAAGCUGGCUUAGUUGUACUCUCCAAACAUGUGUUUUGCGAUAUUUAUUUAAUUCAGUUAUAUGUGUAUGCUCAGGCUUGUAAACUUUCACACACUUGUCUUAUAAGUAUUAGUCUUAUAUAAAAAUAAAAAAUAGUUUUUAUAAUACAGUCAGAAGGUAAAAAAAUCUUUUGCCUCUACAUAGUUUCCCAUAAAUAAGCCUCAUAUUCAGUGUCAUUGGGGGGGGGGGGAGCACUGUCCUCAAGAUAUAGUCCCUUGUGAGUUCCUUCAAACAUUUCUUAAAUACAGCCUGUGCUUGUAUAGAAUGUAUCUUGCAAUUUGGAAUGUAUCUUGUCAUAACAUUGUCCUAUUACAUUUUUUAAAAAGUUUACAAUUUACUUGCUGAUUUCAUAAACAAAUCUUACUUCUUCUACAAGCUGAAAACUAAAAGCAGUUGAAAACUGAACCCUAGAAAAAAGCAGAAAUCAAAUCUCUGCUCUCAGUGACAUUACCACUCAGCCACUGAAGUCCCAACUUUGCCGAUAUUUGCUUGCUUGAUUGUCUACAUAUUGUUAACUUCACAUGAAACUAAUAUUUCCCCUGUGUUUCUGAUUUUGCCGUACAUACUUCAGGUCAAUUCCAUGAUAAGGUCAACCAGAUGACCAAAUUUUCAAAAUUAAAAUUUCUAAACAAAUAAGAUAUCAUUUUAAAGGUAACAAGUUUUACAUUGUGAAAUGCCUGUCUAAAAUUUCACGACUUCAAUUAUCAAUAAGUUACAGGAGGUUAAACUAAGGUCAACAUCUUGAGUAUUUUCAAACCAUAUUUGGUGACUCUCAAAGGAAUUCUGUUUUUUCCAAAAAAUAUAUACUAAAAUUAUGAAUUGAGAUGAAUAACCAUUUAAAUAUACAAUGUAUUGCUGGUGAUGUUGCAAAAAUGUGUCAAAAUAUAAUUCAUUUUGGUUUAUAAAAGAAUUCCUCUGGGGUACAUUACGUGUUUUACAACCGACACCAAAAUGCGCAAUUAAUUAUGCUGAGCCAAUAAUUUUAAAGCUACAUGCAUGUAUUUUUGUGUACAAAGUAAGAUUUUUAAUCUCAUUGAAAUAACCUAUUUUCAUUUUGUAACAAGUGAAUAAUUUUUACUAAAAUCUAGGUGCUGGACGUGAAAGAAUUUUUACAUCCAACACUGUUGCAUUCCUUUAAACAGCAUAUGUUUUGAACUUUGUUUCUCCUUUUUUGCCUUUAAUUUCAAAGUAAAAGUGAAACAUGCAUCAAAAACAACCUUAUGAAAUUAUAGGGUUGGUAGGGGUAAGUAGGACCCCUUUCAAGAAUAGUUAGUUUUUGAAACCUUAUACAAAAGUUUUGAAACAAAAAAAAAACUUAUUGUCUUAUUUUAUUUUGGACAUUAUUAAUAAACAAAAGUCUAUCAUUAUUUUCUAAAAUAAUGCUUAAAAUAUUCCUUACAAUUAUAUUUUUUUAAAAAUUGAAUGGAUGUCCUACUUACCCCAUAGUAAGGGGUAAGUGGGUCAUCCCCCUUUUAUUUAAACUUAAAUGAAGCAUAUCUAAAAAAAGGAUAAGGGGAGUCUUAUAUGAUAAAGUAUAAAUUUUUAGUGUGAAUUAAUUUUUAGCAAAUGCAUCCAUUUAUGAGGUAUUUACUAUCUUAUAAAUCUGUAUCAAGGAAAAUUUCAAAACUAAAAACAAAACAAUUUCAUCUGAAAUUUAUUGAAAGCUUUUAGACAUAUUUUACUUUUACAUAUAAAGGAGUGUUAAAUGAAAGCAAUGUAGUCAAUUAAGAUCAAUUUUAGCAAAUUAGCCAAAACUAAGUUGAAAAAGAAUUUGGAAACACUAAAUAAAAAUGCGUCUGUAAAUUUGGCUAUGGAAGAACCAUUAUCAACAUUAGACUUACAUAAAUCUUAUUGGGUGUUUUUCAUGUAAGUUUCACAAAUAGUUACCAGCUUUAGCAGUUUUUAUAGCUUAACUAUCAAUUCCUACUAAGUCAUCAUGGCAGUCUUGUAUUUCACUGAUACAAAUAUUUCAUUCGAUUUUCAAAUCCUCACUAUUAUGAAGGGAACCACUUACCCCAUAAUGAGAGGACUGCUUAUAGCAAAAAUUUGCAGCGUAGGUUGGACCCCUCCAUGAAAACAGUUAUUAAUAAUAUUUUAUUCUAAUAUUCUGGUUGCAGUAUGUACGUUAAGUUAAACUGUAUAUGAAGGUUUAUUGAUCAUAAGAGAAUAAUAAAAGCUAAUCGGGAAAUACUUCUUUGAAAAAUGUUGCUUGAACUCGCCAAAAAAUAUUUUUCAGAAUUUUUUUUUUUUUUUUUUUGAUUAAGUUCUCUGACCUAGAAAAAAUUCCACGAAACCCAAAUUUUUGCAAAACCAAUCAGUGUAAUGAACCAUGAGAUGAUCAAUAGAAAAAAUUCUAAAAACCAUAUGCAUAUUUCAUUUUUAGGGAGGUGACCCACUUCCCCCAACCAGCCCUACUUCUGAAUUUAUUUGUUAAAUUUUAUUUCAGUAUAUGUAACCUAUAAUUUAUAUAUUUAUAACUGAAGUCAUUGUUGUGCAUUUACAUUUAAGAGCAAUAGUUUAUGUACAAUAUGGACAAUUUAUGUUCGACACCGAAAAUUUACAUCCGACACCAAGGGAAAAAAAUCUUUUUAAUAAUUUUAUUCUUUAUAAUAUCAAUUGAAAACUGAAAUAUGCUUCAAUCAUAAGUAUACUUAAGAAUUAAGCUGUUUUUAAAACUAAAACGUAAGCCAAUUCAGACUUUUAAUAAGUGAACCAUCAAUUUUACUAUUUGUGUGUUUACGUCUGACACCAACUCUUGAAAUUUAUACUUUAGGGAUCUAUUUUGAAAAACUAACAUGAUUUUUUAUUCAGUGGGAUGUAGUAAGUAUCUUGUAAAUAAAUUUAAUCAUUUUGGAUCAGUUUAUAUUUGGUAAAUAGAAUUAAAACUGAGAAAUAUUUCUUCAUUUUUUACGUCCGACACUAUGGAAUUGCCUAUCCCCCCCCCCUCCCAAAAAAUGGCAAAAAUUUCUGGACAGUGUCUAUUACAGUAGAAAGUAUUAGUUAAGUAGGGGAAAAUCAGGACUUUUAUGUGCCCAAUUAUAAUAAGUAAACUUAUUAUUAUUUUUUUAAUUUAAUGUUUGUGUUGUACAUUUUAAUGUAUAUUCUUAGGUUAUGGUAUUAAAUGCAUUUUAUAUGAAAAA